AUGCCUACCAACCCUCGUCUGCCGUCUGUGGCUGCCAUGCUGCAAUACAUCCCCAUCUCGCGACCACCCCCUCCCUACUGGGUUUCACUACCGUCUGUCUGGGGACCUACCACAACUCAAACGCCUAGAGGCGGACAGAGGCGUUUUGAAGGUACAUUAGCGAAGGAUUGGAAGGGAACCGGCGCAGAAGAUCACACUGCCCGCAGAACCAAAAAGGGGGACAAGACUGAUCCAACCACGGACUCGUCGGCUGCGGGGAUGCAGGAGAGGGAGGAGUCUGAGGGGGUUGCGCACGAUGCGAAGUCGCAGGCCACGACGGAGAGAGGAGGGGCGAAACAUGGGAAGCAGGCAAAGAAAGAGCACCCGAAGGCACCAGAGCCGAUUAUUGGGAUGAAUGAUGAGCGAGCGCAAAAAGGUAGUUGA